GAAACUACUCUACUAUGGCGAAGACUUAUAUCUUAAUAUUCAUGAGAUGAGCAUCCGCCACUGGAUCAACAGCUUAGCGCCAACUAUUAAUGAAUAUUCAUAAGCUUAGACUUCGCCAUUGGAAGAUUACAUGGAAACGCCUCCGCACUCAUCAAUUAUUAUAAAACCUUUGCUGUGUAACUCCGCUGGUAGGGAUUUAUAGUUCUGGCAGACCACGGAUAAACCCAAAUUAGUGCGCACAAGUCUCAGUUUUGGCAGCUAACAGCACACGCUCAAAAAGAAGAAGAAGAAGGAAAAAAAUGAAAAAUAAAAAAACCGGAUGCAAGGUGUAAGCUCUGCUUCGGCUGUUUCUGCAUCUUAGCUCCAUUCAGCUGUGUCAGAUUUAUUUCACAUUGUUUUAAUUUAAUACGCGCAUUAUGGAGUAUUGGAGGCAGUGCAGCUUGUGGCUGAUCGAUUGUAAAGUUUUGCCCCGGAAUCAUCGGGUCACAGCGGAGUCAGCGCAGGUUUUUGAUUUGGCCCAAACUCUUCGGGAUGGGGUGCUUCUGUGCCAGCUGCUGAACAAUCUCAGACCCGACACCAUUAACCUGAAAGAGAUCAAUCUCAGACCCCAGAUGUCACAGUUCCUCUGCUUGAAGAAUAUUCGCACAUUCUUGUCUGCAUGCUGCGAAGAUUUUGGGAUGAAGAAGAGUGAAUUGUUUGAUGCCUUCGAUCUCUUUGAUGUCCGUGAUUUUGGAAAGGUCAUUGACACCCUAUCAAAUCUCUCUCAUACAUCUUUUGCACAGCAGAAAGCCAUCAGGUCAUUUCCCACGGAGGAAAGCACUGAAAAUGAAGACAUGUAUAUCCAUUUGGCAGACCUUAUUGAUGAGGAGCCGGAGGAAGAUAUUUAUGACCCCGUGUACGGAGACGUAGAGGGAGGAGAGGUGUAUGAGGAUCUGAUGAGGACAGAGGCUGCUGCGUCUCAAGCGAAACAGGCCGAGGUGGACAUCAGAAGCUGCUGUCUUUUAGAGAUCAAACAGACAGAAGCCAAAUACACCGAGACCCUGGAGACCAUCGAGAAGUACUUUAUGAUUCCACUGAUAAAAUUCAUCUCAGCACCAGAAAUUGACAAGAUUUUCAUCAAUAUACCAGACCUGGUUAAAAUUCACAAAAGCCUGUUGGCUGAGAUUCAAGACUCUGUUCAGAAUAGAAAUGCAGAAAACCUCCACCAAAUCUUCAUUAUUUACAAAGACAGGCUUCUGCUCUAUGGAAAAUACUGCGGUCAUGUAGAAUCAGCCAUUUCUGUCUUAGACUUCAUCUGUAAGGAAAAAGAAGGCGUUCGCCUGAAACUAGAGGAAUGUUCGAAGAGAGCCAACAAUGGGAAAUUCACUUUGAGAGAUUUACUUGUGGUUCCCAUGCAGCGAGUGCUGAAAUAUCCACUACUGCUUCAGGAAUUGGUGAAGUAUACUAGUGACAACAAAGAAAAGAGCAACCUACGAUUAGCCCUUGAUGCCAUGAGAGACUUAGCCCAGUAUGUAAAUGAGGUGAAAAGAGACGUUGAAACUCUGAGGGAGAUUGAUCAGUAUCAGAGAUCCAUUGAGAAUUUGAACCAGUCCUUACUUUCUUAUGGAAGACCGAAGGGUGAUGGUGAAGUCCGUUUGGUAUCAAAUAUGGACAAGCGCAGACAGGACAGACAUAUUUUUUUGUUCGAUGUUGCUGUAAUCGUCUGCAAGAGGCGCGGGGACAACUAUGAGAUGAAGGACGUAAUCGACCUCAACCAUUUCAAGAUCACCGAUAACCCCACUACUGAUAAGGACUGCAGAAAGUGGUGCUAUGGGUUCUACCUCACUCACCAGCAGGGGCAGAGUGGAUUCGAGUUCCUGUUCAAGACAAAAGAUUUGAAGAAGAAAUGGCUGGACCAGUUUGAGAUGGCCAUAUCUAAUAUUCGGCCUGAGAAUGCCACAUUUAACUCUCACCACUUCAGGAUGCACACUUUUGAGAGGGCCACCAGCUGCAGCUCCUGUCAUAUGCUUCUCAGGGGAAUUUUUAACCAAGGCUACCUUUGUUCUUCAUGUGGAAAUGGGGCUCAUAAGGGUUGUCUUGGAAAACUAGGAGUCUGUGGAAGGGCAGGUGCUGCUGUUCAAAAAGCACAGAGAAAGACAACACCUAGGAAAGAAGACGACCCAGGUUUGCCAAAAAUGGUGGUAAUCAGAGACUAUUUUGGGGUUCCCAGUCCUCUGGGCGGACUGCCGCUGAAUGCUCAGAUUGGUGAUGUCAUAGAGGUCACCUGUGCCGAUCCUCACUGCUCCUGGUGGCAGGGCAAAAUCCUGACAACGCAAGAGACCGGCUUCUUUCCAAGUGAUGCAGUCAAGCCCUGCCCAUGUGGACCAAGGACAGGCUGCUAUUCAGCUCAACCCUGGUUCGCUGGGCCCAUGGAGAGGCACCACGCCGAGUGUGAGCUCAUGGAGAGAGAGAACAGUACCUACCUGGUGCGAUACAGGAGCCGGGAGAGCAGAGAGUAUGCUAUCAGCAUCAAAUACAACAAUGAUGUAAAGCACAUUAAGAUCCUCACCAGGGAGGGCUGUUUCUACAUUGCUGAAAGCAGGACGUUCAAGACUGUAUUAGGACUGGUUGAGUAUUACAAACAGCACUCUCUGAAAGAGGGUUUCCGUACUCUGGACACCACUCUACAGAUGCCCUAUAAGGAGCUUGGCAGUGGAUUCAGACCUGCUGCUCCAGUGCUGUGUGGGCUUCAUGUUUUGAGUCCCACCAGCUACAGUUUUGUUCCUCCCUCCCCCUCUCCCUUCUGGUCAGUUUUGGCCCCAAGAGUGCUUGGCAUCGCACUGGCACGAUAUGAUUUCGGCUCCAGAGAUACACGGGAACUCUCUCUGCAGGUGGGCGACCUGGUGAAGAUCUAUAUCAAGAGUACCAAUGGAUGGUGGAAAGGUGAAGUCGAUGGCCGGGUGGGAUGGUUCCCUUCAAGUUAUGUGGAGGAAGAGGAAUGACCAGUGAAGGAAGUUAUCCUCUCAAUGCUGCCACAGUGAUAGGCCACUGCCACUUGUUGGCUUUGGACUAGACACAGAACUGUGAACAAUGCACCCUUAUUUGAGCGAAGCACCACAAACACAGCAAUUAUCAGUCUUCUCUAAUGGGAUCCGGUGGACUGUGGUUGAGACCUGCAGCGUGAUGCAUCUGUGGCUCCUUCGGCUUUGACUGUUUAAUUAGUUAUGAAUGUCCCUCGCUGCUCUACAUUCAGUCCAGACAUCUCUUUCUCUUAUUCUAUUCCUCCCUCUCACCCUGUCACCUCCUGAAAUCUUCACACAGGUGCCUGGGGCCCCCCUCUUUCUGCCUGUUUAAAAUUUAAACUCCAUUUCUGAGCUGUGCCGGACCUCCCAUAAACUCAGAGUGGCACGCAGAGAGAAAAGCCCUGAGCUGGCCGUUUUUCCCCUCUAUUCUGCAACCUUUACGCAGUGCUCUUAGCUCACCUUGUGUUAUAAUAGAUGAUUGCCUUCGCCUGUCUGACUCUGCAGAGUUUGGCUGGGGUGAGACAGAGCAACGUGCUGUCACAAAGCCUUCCUCCCUGCCUCCUCUUCUUCAGCCCUUGUAACACUUACUGUAGCAGCACUGUGCGUCGACAGGAGAUCUGCUGUUCAGUGCAAUAUCCAUCUUAGCCAGUCUAAUGAACUGCGCUGUGAUCAGUCAAUGCCCUGUCUGUUUCUGAACCUCAGGUGCUCCCAAGCAGAAUGUUGGCACUUGUGAUUUUGGACUGAAGUCAAUUUCUUCUCUUGUCAUGCAAAUGGAACGACUUGUUAAUACUUUGGUGUUUGGUGCACUAAGGGUCCUAGACUCUGCAAAAAAUAUUAAGCGAGGUUUAUGCAUGUUACAAAAAAAAAAAAAAAAAAAAA